CUGCAACCCUCCAUCAAACUAAAAGAAGAAGAGGAAAAAGGAACAGCGAAGUCUCACGUCUUGUUUCAACCGAGUCAAAUUAAAAAGCGCACCAUCCUUCACUGUGUUGGUUGCACGGUUUAGGUUGAGGGUCAAAUAUCUUGAGGAUGUGCUGCUAGUGUCAUCGAAAUGUCAAGUUUCUCCAGAUCUGCCCAGCAAUGGGCGACCUUCGCUCGUUCGUGGUUCCUGAUCGAUGCCAGGGUGCAGCCUCCUGGGAAGAUCGCCACCAUGUGUGCUAUUAGAUUACAGGGGAAACACAAGCCUAUCUACCACGCACUGAGUGACUGCGGUGACCAUGUAGUAGUCAUAAACACCAAACACAUAGCUUUCUCUGGAAACAAAUGGGAGCAGAAAGUCUACUCAUCACACACAGGGUAUCCAGGUGGAUUCAAACAGCUCACAGCGAUGCAGCUGCACCAAAAAGACCCAAAAGCUAUUGUGAAGCUAGCGGUUUACGGCAUGCUGCCAAGGAAUCUGCAGCGCCGCACCAUGAUGCAGCGAUUACACCUCUUUCCUGAUGACGAGCUGCCAGACGACAUCCUAGCCAACCUGACGGAGGAGCUGCCGCAGCCCAGAGAAAUCCCCAGGAAGCUCAGCGAAUACCCGCAGGAGGAGAUAGACGCCUUCCCCAGGCUGUGGACACCACCUGAAGACUACAAGAUGAAAUGAAAUCACAGCUGCCUGACGUGACCAAAGCUGAAAAGGCUUGGCCAGAGCCCCCCAUGGGUUGCAUUGGAGAAGGCUCUGACACAAUCAACGGCAGCGAGGGCUCUGACUUGGCUCGUCUUCAUGACAUCUCGGAAACAAAGCUGCCAGACAUUUCUCCUUUCUCGGCUGAGAUGGACGUCAUAGUGCUGUACACGUAUCUUUCAGUUUAAUUAUAGGCAUUCCUUUUUAAGGAUACUGUUAUUCUACAAUGUUGUUGUUUGUAUUGUUAUGGAAUAAAAAUAUUUCCAAAAGUU